CGGAUGAUCCUAAAUGUUAUUUGCUUGGACAAGGGUUUUGUUAGACAUUGAGUGAUGCAUCUUCAUGCGAAAUAUUGGAGUGGCUACGAGUCACGUGACCUGUGCUUUCCAUAGAUUGCUUUGCGGGCAACACGAUAGCAUCAUCCAUCCACUCGUUCGCUCUCGCCUUUGCCUUGUGCUUGCCUUCUGAGAAACUAUCGCAUUUUGUCGCUUUGCUUGCUGCAUUCCAAGCAAGUCUUCAUGCAUCUAUUGAGAUCACGUAGCGCGCCGCUUAUAUAAUCCCCUAGGCCUAAUAUGCAAUAGUGUGCAAGGCGGAUUUGCAUUCUCACGAUUUCCUAUUAGACAAUGGAUGGGGAUAUCUAUGUGGUACCCUAUUUUCCUGACGGAGUGCAGCAUAUCAUCACCACUGGCAGUAACCACUAUAUCGGCUUUGUCGACGGGUCAACAGUCUUAAAGUACCCACAUUUCAAAGGAACUUUGGACGCUCUCCGCGUCGAAUCGAAAAUACUUCAACGGCUUGGCAAGCACCCUCGCAUCAUCGAAUUCAAAGGAGAACACGAAGACGGGUUGCUUUUGGAAUAUGCGUCAAACGGAUCGUUGGAAAAGCAUCUAAAAGAAACACAAAUCCCGAUUAAAGAGAAGAUCCGGCUCGCAAAAGAGGUUGCAGAAGGCGUUGCAUAUGCUCAUCAGAGCAACGUUCUAAUCUGUGACAUCCAUGUCCGCAAUAUCCUUCUGGAUGAUAAAUUUCACAUCAAGUUGUGCGACUUCCAGGGCAGGUUGCUAGGGCCUGACGGAGAGGUCCUUCUUUCUGGUGGAGCUUCAGAGAACGCAGAGUCGUUCAUGCCUCGUUGUGACAAAGAGUUCGCGGACAUCAAGACUGACAUUUUCGCCCUUGGAUCUACCAUAUAUCAUAUUAUAACCGGGCAUCGGCCAUUCCCACAGUACGACACCAUCGACGAUGAAGCCAAGUUUGUGGAACUUUACGGAAAAGGGCACUUCCCUCCCCUGGAUCCAGGGGUGGGCGGCGAAGUUGUUCAGAAUUGCUGGAGAGGCAGAUACAAGUCUGCGAGCGAAGUAGUCAAUGAUCUUAACCUCCUGCUAGAAUAAUUAGCAGAAAUGCUGGUCGAUUCUGUAGCAAAACGUCCUAUUUAUUCCUUUUUCCCGCCAUUUUUUUAGGCUGCCAGCCCGGUCGU